AGUUAUCCCAGAUGAAAGACCUGCAACCUGUUUCAAGUAGAGGGAAUCAUCUAUCAUUUGAUGAAUCUAAGCAGUCAAUUGAAGAUCGCCAAGUCUUUGACUAUGGUCAUUCUUCUUGUGGUGCUAAGAGACCAUCAAUCACAGAUAGCAGAGAUGAAUUACUUUCUCAAACUAAUGAUGGGCAGUCCCACAGUAUGAAGAAAAAACGAAGGCAUUCGGAUUUGGCUGAUGAAGAAGUUCUUAUACAGCUCAACCCAUCCAUGUGGUAUUGCAUUCUUUGUUGUUUUCCAGUUCCUGCUGCAAAUUCCCAAGAGGCUGCACGUCAUCUAAACAGUGGGAAACAUGUUGGUAGUAUAAACAAUACAAAGAAGCAGUCAAUUUUCAAACCAAGACAUUCUAGAGAUUCUAGUAAAGAAAGACAUUCAACAUCAACUAGUGAGUUAGCAAAUGAAGGGCUUUCUAUCGCAGAGUUCUUUUCUGCCAGAGUCCGUGAUGAAGGGAGAUGUGAACCUUUACCUGAAGAAUUUCCUGCUGCCAAAAAUGUAAAGAUUCCAUCAUUGAUGUCUAUGAAUAUACCACCUCCCACAAAACCAAUACAACAGCAAAAUGUUCCAGUUCCACCACCUCCAAAAAAGCAAGAUGCAAAGAAAAAAGAUAUAGAGAAACCUUUGCCACCGUUUAUUUUGGCUGCAGGGGAAACGGGAUAUCCAUUCAGUCGUUUUGAGUCAAAGAAUUAUUGCACAUUAUGCAAAGUGUUUAUACGCGAGGCAGAGAUUCUGUCAGAUCAUCUAGAGAGUGAAAGACAUGCUGUGAAUCUUAUAGAUCAUAAAAAAGAUAUUAGUAUUAAUGCAAUACUUGAUCCAAACAGUUUGACUGAAGGUGAUGGGAAAUACAAAACUUUAGUGGAAUUACUAACAAGCAGUACUAGAAUGAGUGUUUCACAAAGGUUGAAGCAAGACAAAAUAAUCCGAAAGACUGGACAAUAUGAUCUGUGUUUAGUAUGUUACGAAGAAAUACCAAAAGACACUUCAAAGAAUCUACUAAUCCACCCUGAGCCCAAACAUGUUGCUAUGCGACUGUGUUAUACAAAACUGAUGAGCUUGAUGAGUGUCUUCAAGAAACUAGUUAACCCUAAUUUAAGAUCUAAUGCUUUUGCAUUUGUUGAUAAACUUGAACAGGUAUUGGAUGAUGUACCAUGUAAAUUAUGUGCAAACCAGAGUUUCAUCAUAAAUCAUGGCAAGAUAAUAUCAGAUUUUGGUAGAAGAAAAAAAGGAGCAUAUCAUUUGCUAUUUGGAUCCAAUUGUAAGAAUCAGGAAAAGCAUGUAAAUUUUGCCACACAUCGCCGAUUGAUGAAAUAUGUAAAGGUUAUUAUCAAGGUCACAAAGGCUGCAAGAAAUGAAGAUGGGAAGACAAUUGUACAAAUAAUCAAGGACUAUGAGGAUCAAGUCUUUGGAGACAAGGACGGGUCAACGGUGUCUUGUGACAAAUGUGACAGGGUUAUUCCUAAGGCACACCACCAUAAGAAACCAAAUCAUCAUACAUGUAUCAUCUUACAAGAAAUGGUGAUUGCAUUACAAUCAUUGAAGACAAUGAAAUGUGUAAAUGAGCAGGGAAUGUAUCCAACUAUUCAGUCAGUGGGUAAUGGUAACGAUGAUGAGGAUGAAGAAUAUCUAGCUAUCAAGGAAGAUGUUAAGAAAACAAACCCUGCACCAUCUGGUGAAGAAUUUGAUGACUUGACACAGCUUCUGGAGAGAAAACAAGAUUUAGAAAAUGCAUUACAAUCAUUGAAGACAAUGAAAUGUGUGAAUGAGCAGGGAAUGUAUCUAACUAUUCAGUCGACGGGUAAUGGUAACGAUGUUGAGGAUGCAGAUUAUCUGGCCAUCAAGAAAGAAGUAAAGAAAACAAACCCUGCACCAUCUGGUGAAGAAGUUGAUGACUUGACACAGCUUCUGGAGAGAAAACAACAAGAUUUAGAAAAUGCUGAUUGUUAUUCACUGACUUCAAUGGAUCUGAACAGCAAUGAGGAGGAUGAAUCUGAUUAAGCGACUCCCAUUGAUCAGUACAAUAAAGGAGAGAACAAAUUACGAACAUCUGUAUAUAUCAAUAAACAAGCGGAGAAUGUGUCAUUUGCACAAUCAUCUAUAUAUGGCGGUUAUGUAGAGGAGAAUACAUCAUAUGCACGAAUAUUCAUAUAUGACAACAAUGUUCGGGACAAUACGUCAUAUGCAAAAACUAGUAUGGAUAUGGAAAAUUGAGAAUGGCACAAGCAUGGAAAUGAGAUGCAAGAAACAUAUCUUCAAUAGAACAUGCAUUACAAUGCUGGAAAUUAUGAA